UCUCUCCGAUUAUUUAAUGAAGAUCUGCAUAAUAUGCGCAUGCAGGAACAGUAUCUUGUUUUAUGUGGCGCUAUUGCUGGAGACUAUUUAUAUAAGUGUAUAAGUGCUCAUAUUUGUCAUCGCAGUUGGGAUAUUUGCAGUAAUUAGUUUUCUGGCUGAUCGCCCGCAACUCUGCACAUGUGAACCCGGGUGGAGUGUGUAUGACCGGGUGGUGGUGCCCACAGCGUGUCUCCUCCAACACAGAGAACCUGAUACUGGUCUGGCCUUUAAAACACCCGCAUGGUAACCAUGGAGAGGGUGCAUCAAUUAUUGCAGGGAGAUCCUAGUGUAGGCUAAGCAAGGAGAAUGCUGGGAGCUGGUUCCGAGGUGUUCUCAGGUUGCAAGAGUGCAAGAGUAGAGAUGAUUUCAUCCUCCAAAGUAUUCAAAUAAAAAAUAAGGCUAUUCUCAAUCGCAACUAUACAGUACAGUAUAUUAUUUCAAAGUUGUGCUAUUUGACACAGCUACCCAGAUUUCUUUUUUUGUGUGCAAGAACAUGGGAAGACUCUAUUGUUCCAUCUGGCACAUACUGCAGACACUCACACUAAUUAUCUGGUACUUGUUGUGUUACUGGCCAACUGACUCCUCAAGUGUGAUCUUCAUGGAUGAUGUGGCUAGUAGAUGGUGGUGGCAAGUACACGGUACAGUGCACUCUUAGAAAAAGAAAGGUUUAUUAUAACCAUAUAGGAUUCUUAGAUCCCUAGGGGUAUUCUUUGAAAUAUUUUGAACCUUUUAACAAUAUGAUACGAUUGUUGUUGAUGCUAAAACAUUACUUUUGUUUGCUUUCUUUAAGAAGCUAUAUCAACCUGUUUUUCUAUAAACUCGUUUUUAUUUAGGUGGUCCAAAAUUGACAAAAUUAGAAUCUAAAUCAGGAACUACUCAUGGAAGAAUAAGUAUACAAGACUACAAAUCUGACCAGGGAUUCAGUGCCGACUUUCAGUACCUGACGUUUUUUAAUAAUUUUUUUUAUACUUGGUGUUAUAUUUUUCAAUCCAUAUCCAAAAGGUAUUAAGGUUCCAUACACAGCAGCGCUUGUAGACAUAGGAUAACUUAUUAUGGCUUUAAUAGCCCUUUAUACAAUGAUAUAUCCAGAAAGCAUACUGAAACCCACCUUGAGCCUGCUGUAGUUUUUAGGCAGGCCAUUUUAACUUCUUCACCUUUUCACCACGUGAUCCCUUUAAAAUAAAGCAAUGCCUGCUUGUGGCGUUGCAUAUGUCGCUAAAUUGUAAGCAGAUUACCCAAAGAGGGAUUUCUCAAAUAGUUUAAAGGGAAUCAUGUUAAGGGCCCAGACAAGUAAAACUAUCCAGUAUAUCACAAAACCGCAAACAUUUAGAUAAAAGUCAGAAAAAGCAGACCUAUGCUUUUUAUCUUCUUUCCUCUGCCAAUAAUCAUCUUGCGAUCCCUUGGAAGGAUUCCAAACCCCAGUAUAUUUAGCAUAUUACUGGAAAAAAAAGCAUAUCAUCUGUCUACCCUCAAGUACACUUACAAAAUAGGACUGCCACAGUGUGGAAGAACCUCAGUCCUUUCUGGGGUGAGGAGUACACACUGCACCUCCCGAUGGGGUUCCACUCUCUCUCCUUUCAUGUCAUGGACGAAGACACGAUUGGCUAUGAUGAUGUUAUUGGAAAGAUAACUCUGAGCAAAGAAGCCAUUGGCUCUCAAGCUAAAGGACUAGAUUGCUGGCUGAACCUGACCAGGGUCGACCCGGACGAAGAAGUCCAGGGAGAGAUCCAUCUGAGUCUGGAGCUGCUGAAAGUUACAGAGAAGAUUAGCCUGCGAUGUCAAGUCAUCGAAGCCAGAGACUUGGCUCCGAGAGACAUUUCUGGAACCUCUGAUCCAUUCACAAGAGUUAUUUUCAACAACCACAGUGCAGAGACCUCGAUUAUCAAGAAAACCCGUUUCCCUCACUGGGCAGAGACCCUGGAGCUGGAGCUGGAUCCAGAGGAGCUGAGUGAGGAGGGGAUUGUCACUGUGGAGGUCUGGGACUGGGACAUGGUGGGCAAGAAUGACUUUCUUGGAAAGGUGGAAAUCCCUUUUGCUUGUUUGUACAAGACACCUCCGUUAGAGGGCUGGUUCCGUUUGCUUCCCCUGGGAAACAACGAGGUUGAUGCUGGUGGCAAGCUGGGGGCGCUGCGUCUGAAGGUGCGUUUGGUGGAGGAUCGGAUCUUGCCCUCUGUGUACUAUCAGCCGCUCAUUCACCUUCUGGUGGAGUCAGUCAUCUCCCCAACAGAGGUGGAGGAUAGCAGUGCUCUGACCAUGCUGGAGGAGGUGAACACGGUUGAGAGCCGGCAGGAUGUGGCGAUGACCCUGGUGAAGAUCUACCUGGGCCAGGGCCUGGUGGUGCCAUUCCUGGAUUACCUUAACACUCGGGAGGUCAACCACACCACUGAUCCAAACACUUUAUUUCGCUCCAACUCCCUUUCCUCCAAGGCUAUGGAACAGUUCAUGAAGGCUGUUGGCAUGCUGUAUCUGCAUGAGGUGCUGAAGCCCGUCAUCAACCGCAUCUUUGAUGAGAAGAAGUAUAUUGAGCUGGAUCCAUGUAAGAUCGACCUGAACCGCACAAGGCGAAUUUCAUUUAAGGGUGCGGUGUCAGAGGCAGAGGUGCGGGACAGCAGUGUGGAGAUGCUGCAGAGCUACUUAACCAGCAUCAUUGAAUCAAUUGUGGGCUCAGUCGAUCAGUGUCCUCCUGUCAUGAGAGUGGCCUUCAAACAGCUACACAAGAGAGUAGAGGAGCAAUUUUCUGAACCUGAGAACGAGGAUGUGAAGUAUCUGGCCAUCAGUGGAUUCUUUUUCCUGCGUUUUUUUGCUCCUGCAAUCCUCACACCUAAACUGUUCCAGCUGAGGGAUCAGCACGCUGAUACGCGUACAAGCAGAACGCUGCUACUGCUGGCAAAGGCAUUGCAAAGCGUCGGGAACUUGGGGCUACAGCUGGGUCACGGAAAGGAGCAGUGGAUGGCGCCUCUUCAUCCCAUCAUCCUACGCAGUGUGGCCUCUGUCAAAGACUUCCUGGACAAGUUGAUCGACAUAGAUCAUGACAUUGUGUCUGAGGUGCCACAGAGGGCUGUAUUCAUGCCCUCAGUCACGGUUAAAGAGGGGUACCUCCACAAACACAAGGCAGAGGGACCCCAACUGCUAUCCCGCUUUGCCUUUAAGAAACGAUACUUCUGGCUGACUAGUGAGACGCUGUCCUACGCCAAGACGUCUGAUUGGCAGGUGCGCUCCUCGAUCCCUAUUCGCUGCGUGUGCGCCGUGGAGAGGGUGGAUGAAAAUGCCUUUCAGCAGCAGAAUGUAAUGCAGGUCAUCACCCAGGACAACGACGGGCAGCUGCACACCAUGUACAUCCAGUGCAAGAAUGUGAACGAGCUGAACCAGUGGCUGUCGGCUAUCAGGAAAGUCAGCAUCUACAAUGAGCGCAUGCUGCCCUCUUUCCACCCAGGGGCUCAUCGCAGCGGCAAGUGGACCUGCUGCCUGCAGGCGGGCCGUGCUGUUACAGGCUGCAGUAGAACCCACUCAGCUGUGACCCUGGGUGACUGGAGUGACCCGCUGGAUCCCGACGUCGAGACGCAGACGAUUUACAAGCAGCUCCUCCAGGGCAGAGACAAACUCAGGAAAAAAUAUGUGGAGAUGCCAGACGCUGAUCAGACGUCCAGCAAUAAAGAAAAGAUCAACUGUGACGCUCACCCAGAUGGUGCAGAAUGCAAUGUUCAGUUGUCGAAGCCAGGUCCAAGCGUUGCUGCUCGGCUGUUGGCGGUGAUAGAGGAUCUGGAGCAGGCUCACGCCACUUUCCAGCGGCGAGAAAUAGAGGAAGGCACCAGUGUCAUUCUGAAUCUCUAGACUCGACACAGACUGGGAUCCACUACUAAUGCCUGAACAGAAGGGGGGUGCCCCAGCAUCCUGUACCAACAUGAGCGAGCAUCAGAAAGUCACUCUCUCGACUGUGAGGGAGACAAAGUGGCCACAGGGUGCAACCUCUUCCAGCUUUUUAGUACAUUCCCCCAAAGGGCAGAGGGAAUUCUGCCACUUUAAAUCUCUUUGUAUUCUCUAAAGUGCCACCAACUUCAACAGCGCCGGGGAGAGAGCAUGAUACUUGGCGAUAAAGGGGGGGCGAGGGACUUUGAAGCACGAUCUGACUUGAUAUUUUUCAUGUAGAUAACAAGCAAUCUCCUGCAUGGCCUGCAUUCAACCACUUGUUGUGAAAUGUGAAAAAAACAAGCUUUUAUAUUUUGAGAUACUGUACGUGGACUCAGUCAGGUUCACACAUUUUUAUGCAAAAAGCUUGUUGUAGUGUAAUCUACAGUACCUGAAUGUAAGGUGUUUUGAAAUUGUUUUUAUCAAUGUUUUGUAUUUUAUUGAGGCAAUUUUUCACAUGUAGCAGUGACAUUGUUAUAGGUCAUACCACCAUUAGUGUAUGAAAUGCUGUUGCACAUGCCACAGUAUAACGCUGCUUGUACAGUGAGCAAAACUGAAUAUUAUUUUAAUCGUUGCUUUGGUCCCUUUAUACAAAACAAUGUGCUUUUGUUUGGUGCUAAGGCCAGCCAACUUAAAUGUUUGGUUCUGAUGUAAUUUGCAUUUUUAGAAUGUACUUACACUCGAUGUAGCCAUAUAUGUUAUAAGGGUAACAUUUGAUUUACCUGGUAAUAUAAAGUUCAUACAUGUAACUGAGGCAAUAUAAAUAACAAUGUUAGGGUUAGUUUUUCAAUUUGAUAAGUUUACAUUUUCUUGAGAUUUGGGGGGUUGUAUUUGGCUCACAGAUGUCAGGAUAUGUUUGAAAUGCCAAAUUUGUUUUUAAAAAUGUAGGUGCUUCAAAAUUCAUAAAAAAAAAAGUUUUUUAAAUGAUUUUUGAAGCACUCAAAUCACGCAAUUUCUUUGACAUAUCUGUGACACACAGCUGUACAUGGACAUGUUGGAAAGCCAUUUCCCAUAGAGCGAGUAGUGUGGCUGUCUUUCCCUUAAACAGAGAACAGAGAAGGUCAGUGAGUGUAAUGGAGAUCAGAUCUGUGAUCUCACAGGCCACCCUCCCUCUGGAGCUGAUAACAUAUUACAUUAUAGCUACAGCUAGUGUAGCGUCUGUCUUUCUUUUAGAGGAAGAACCGUGGCAUAUUUAUGUGUGGAGGAAACAUUCCUUCUGCUUUUAGAUGUUACACUAUAGCACACAUGGCAGACAUGACAAUUAAUAUUUUACAUUCUCGACUAAACUAGAGUAAACAUCAGAUGUCGCUUGAGGACUUGAUAUUCCCUGAGUGAGGGCUUUUAUUCUGAAAAAAGAAAAGAAAAACACUACCGCCUGUACUUCACUUUGCAAAUACACUAUGAUGGCUUGUUCCAAGUGGAUUGUUACUGUGAACUAAACACAGCUGUAUUAUUCAGUAAACUAUUAUUUCAGCAAA